UUCCUUUAGAGCCUGGCCUUAUCUCCAGCUGCACGUUGCCUGUUGGUGACUAAUAACACAAUAACAUUGUCUGGGGCUGGAAUAAAGUUGGAGCUGUUUACCCCCACUCUAUAGGGGUUCAAUAUAAAAAGCCAGCGGAGAGCUGUACAGGUCAGACGCGCUUCUGCAACUGCGCUGGGCGAGCGCUGCGAGGGUUCUUGAUCUUUCUCCACUGCUGUCCCGAGCACCACCGGCCGCGCGUCUUCAGACGGCUCUGCUGCCUGCUCCCCGGGCAGAACCUUUUUUCCCCCCUAUUAAAGGGCACUUAGGCUGACGGAUCACUUUGAGAUCAGAAUAACCGGGAGUGCUUUAAGGGAACUGAAGCUGUUUUUCUUCGUUUUUCCUUCGGGUUUAGUUCGCAGGGGAGGAAUUUUGAUCCCUUUUUUCAGAAUGGAUUAUUUUGCCGUGAUUUUGUCUCUGCUGUUUGUGGUUUUCCAAGGAGCUCCAGAGGCAGCCGUCUUGGGUGCCGAGCUCAGCACAGGGGUGGACAGCGGAGGAGAGAAGCCCUCUCCCAGUGCAGCCCGCCGCUCCAAACGCUGCUCCUGCUCUUCCUUGAUGGAUAAAGAGUGUGUCUACUUCUGCCACCUUGACAUCAUCUGGGUCAACACUCCUGGGCACAUUGUUCCAUACGGACUUGGAAGCCCUUUGAGAUCCAAGCGGUCCUUAAAGGAUUCAUUUCCUACAGAAGCCACAGACCAGAGCGGCAGAUGCCAGUGUGCGAGCCAAAAAGACAAGAAGUGCUGGAAGUUUUGCCAAGCAGGAAAAGCACUCAGGGACCAAGACACUAUGCAGAAAGACAGGAAUAAUCGUAAGAAACAAAAAGACUGUUCCAAGCUUGGAAAGAAGUGUAUUCAUCAGCAGCUGGUGGAAGGAAGGAAAAUAAGAAGGUUGGAGGCCAUCAGCAAUAGCAUCAAAACAUCUUACCGUAUUGCCAAGCUGAAAGCCAAGCUCUACAGAGAGAAGAAAGUGACCCACAACCGAACACACUGAUGACAAAGAGUCCUGUCUGAAGCUAUCUCCUCCACAGAGAGAGCCGUGCUGUGCAGCCGCCUGGCACUCUUGCCACAGUGACCUGGAUCAGAGCAAAAACACCCUUCCUGCUAAGACUGUUUUUUGUUCCAGAUGCAAAGGACCAGUGUCUUCCUUCUAAACAUUCCAAGAACAGUUAGAAAGUCCAUCAGUGGGAACUACUUUUGUCUCUCUUUUGGGAUGACAACGGACCACUCAAAGAAAGCAGAGAGAUGCAAUGACUUGCAGAUUCUGGUGGCACUCUCCACCGGGAGGAAAGGGACUCCAUGUGGGUGGGGUUCCUGAAGGGGCUCUCAAGGGAGUCUUUGUGUCUCACUCAGGCACCUGGCACUUUUCAGGGAGCAACUGCAAAGUCCAGGAAAAGAUUUUCUAAGAAAUGCACAAAUCGAAAACAUACUCGAGUUAAAAAAAAAAAAGACCGUCUCUUUCAUUCACAAGAUGCAAAAUGGAAAGAAACUGUUACUACUGUAAAUCAGGAUGUGUUUCAUAAAUAUGACUCUACCUCACCUGUAUUGCACUCUGGCAGAAGUAUUUCCUCUUUAAUUAUUGCCACCCAAGCUCCUCCCCCUCCUGCUAUCCUUUUCCCCAGUCCUCCACACUAAACCCUAGCCUCACAGAAGUCUGCUCUAAUGUGUCAAGUAGUAGAUAUCACAUUUUUCAUGGUGAUCUGCUAGCUCUGAUCCAUAAGAAAAAAAGAUCAUUGAAUCGGGAGAUUUCCUUACCUUGAUUUUUGGAAACACAAUAGCCUGGGUGGUUUAUGAAAGGCAUUGAAGAGUAAAUGUUGGUUAUGACUUAAAGAAGUAAAAUUAUUUUCCAUUAUGUAACUGGCAUAUGGAAGAGGUUGGAUUAAAUUUUGAUGUACUUAUUUUUUUAUAGAUAUUUAUAUUCAAACAAUUUAUUCCUUAUAUUUACCAUGUUAAAUAUGUCUGGGCAGGCCAUAUUGGUCUAUGUGUUUUUUAAAAAAUGUAUUUCUGAAUGAAAUUGAGAAAAUGCUUUUUUUUUGCCUGUCAAGGUAAUGACUUUAU